UAAGGAAUUGUGGGUAGGUUACCAACGUCCUUGUCCUAUCAGGCGCACACUGUUUGACUGACUUCACACAAGGGCUAGGGGAUCCUUUCGUUUCGGGUUGAACCUGAAUUAGAUUUAUUCCACAAAAAUGAUGGCAGCAAGGUUUCUCCGUCGCUCUAUUCCUGUAUUGAGGCAAGCAAGAUGUUACGCCGACGCACCCUCAGGCUCUUCCCAGAUGUCCUUCACAUUUGCGUCUCCAACGCAGGUGUACUUCAAGGAGGCCAGUGUGAAACAGGUUGAUGUGCCCACACUGACUGGUGCUUUUGGUAUCCUCCCUGCCCACGUCCCCACUCUGCAGGUCCUCAGGCCUGGCGUGGUCACAGUGUUCAACGAUGAUGGCUCCGCAGCUAAAUUCUUUGUGAGCAGCGGGUCAAUCACAGUGAACGCAGACUCCUCAGUGCAGCUGCUGGCUGAGGAGGCCUUCCCCUUGGACCAGCUGGAUGUGGCUGCUGCCAAGGCCAACCUGGAGAAGGCCCAGUCUGAGAUGGCAUCAGCGUCUGACGAGGCUGCCAGGGCUGAGGUCCAGAUCAACAUAGACGCCAACGAGGCCAUCGUCAAAGCCCUGGAGUAGGCCGUGGGACUUGUCUCUGUGAUGUCGUGUUGGUAUACCAGAAAUGAAAAUUCUCCAACUUUAUUUGUUUCCCUGCCCCGUGAAGUCAGUAACUGCAAGAUCUCAUGCUUGCUUUGUACAGUGGAAUGAAAUUACCAAUAAAUUUAUUUGGAUUUACCUGCCA